CACCAAACAGAUUCAAAGCAAUCUAUACAAGGUCUGACGAAUUUGGCAGCUUCAGGGUUGGGGUUCAAUGAGAGAUUUCAUUGGCUCCCCAUCGGCAAACUGCGGGAGGACUUCGAACCCACGACAGCUUCAAAGAGGAGUUUAAGAAGUCGACUUUGGAUUGCAGCUCUUUUCCGUGCCGCAAUUGACGAAAAAGAUAGAAGAAAAAGAAGAGAGAAGAGAGGAUUGAGAAAAAUAGGAAUUGCUUUGGACUCUUCAGAAAUAGCAGAAAGGAAAGAAGAGAUACCGUGAUUACCAGACGAAAGAUCUCUCUGUCCAAGUCAUUACUUUUAAAGAACACCUCGAUUUGAUGUUGCGGAUCACAGCUGCUCGUGCUGCUUCUGCCAGCGGGCAGAUUCGGAUUGCUCAGACUGCGAGAUUGCUUUCGACAUCGACCGCUCGUCUGAAUAUCCAAAACCAGCCUCCUUCGUCUGUCCCGCCGGCGGGUGAGAUCCCGGUGCCCCCGCCAGCUCCGGUGGUUGAGGCCCCGAAGGCUACACCGAUUCCCCCGCCACCUCCGCCGCCCAAGACGCACCGUUUACGAACAUUCCUUUUCCUCAGUUUCUUGGCUGCGUCGCUGUACGGCACCGGUGUGUGGUACUCGACCGUCAACGACAACUUCCACGACUUUUUCACCGAGUACGUUCCUCUGGGCGAGGAGAUCGUGAUGAUGUUGGAAGAGCGCGAGUUUCAGCGCCGGUUCCCGAACGCAGGACGCAAGGCCGCGAGCGGAGAUUCGCCGAGAGUGACUAUCCACAGAGGCGGCGCGACCUGGAAGGUGCUGGGCGACGAGUACAAGGGUCCGAACUCUGGUCCUCAUAUCUCGGCUAAGACCCCGGCUGCUGCUCCUCCCAAGAAGGAGACGUCUGCGCCGGCGCCCGCGGCGGCGACUGAGUCGAAGCCUGCGGCGGCUGCCAAGGAGACGGCGCUGCCUCAGCUUCCGAAGCUGAUCUUUGACGGCACUAUUGAUCCCGCGUUGGAGGAUGUCGUAAAGUCGAUCAACGGGCUGUUCACUGUGCUGUCGAAGACCGGAAAGGCCGGUCCCGAGGAGCUCGGAGGCAUUGCUGCGAGCCUCGGACAGGUUUCUGAUAGAUUCGUCAAGGUCAAGGCAAAGUACGAGGCUGAUCUCAAGGGAGCCGCGGAGCUGCAGAGCCAGCUUAUUGCUGCGCAGGCUGCCGCGGAUGCCGAAGAGGCAAAGAAGCAGCUUGCUGCCCUUGACGAGCAGUGGAAGCAGGGAUACUUUGCCGAGCGCAAGCGGUUGAUAGAUACUUACAAGCAGAGACUCACGACAGAGUUGAAGAAGUUUGCUGCUCUGUUUGACACGCGCGUCAAGAACGAGGUUAUUUCCGCUGCCACGUUGAAGGAGAAGGAGUUUGCUGCGCAGGUGUCUGACAAGGUCGAGACCGAGCGAUCCGGCAAACUGGCGCGGCUCGGGGAGGUGAAGAAGGCGUUUGAGGAAGUCGUCGAGCUCUCGAAGGAGGUCGACAAGCUUCUGGACGCAUCCGAGAAGGCGGCUGAUCUGCAGCUCGCGCUCGGCGCGUUGUCGAACGCGCUCGCGACGCCGUACCAGGUCCCGUUGGCGCCGCUGCUUGCGCGUAUUAAGAUCGCGGCUGGAGAUGAUCCGCUUGUCGCGAGCGUGAUCGAGGCCUUCCCUCGAUCAGCCUACGAGGGCGUGUUGUCGCCUCAGCAGCUCGCGGCUCGAUUCCGACUUAUCGCACCCGAGAUCCGCAAGGUGUCGUUGGUUCCGGAGGACGCUGGAGUUGCUGGGUUUGCGGGCUCGUGGCUGCUGUCGAGCCUUUUGUGGAAGAAGGAAGGAAAGCCUGUGGGCGGUGAUGUCGAGUCGAUUCUCGCGCGUGCGGAGACGGCGCUUAUGGAGGGACAGGUCGAGCAGGCUGUGCGCGAGGUGAACUCGUUGGACGGAUGGCGGAAGAAGCUCGCCGAGGACUGGUUGGCCGAGGGACGGAAACGCAGCGAGGUCGAGUUUUUGGCGCAGGUGCUGAGUGAGGAGGGGAAGAUCUGGCAGUACAGAGUUUAGAGGGAGAUACUUUGAUUGUUGGACUGUGAUAAAUAAGAGGGAAGAGAGGUAGUUAUAGUUUCUUUUGUUAUUACAAAGCGCAGCAGUAGCAUAGUUGGAUAUUCAAGAUAAUAGUACCAUCCAUAAACAGA